AUGGUUAAGGCUUUUGUAAGUAAUCUUAAGAUUGCGGGGGCGGUUGUUGCGGGUGUGGACUCUGUGAUUUCUCCUUCUGUUGCUCGGAAUUUUAAGGUGGUGGCUCGGAAUAAUGUUUUCUGGUCUCCUCCUCCGGCGGAUUUUUUUAAAGUCAAUUUUGAUGGCUCUAAGUUGGCUAAUGGGCAAGCGGCCUUUGGUUUUGUUAUUCGUGAUGCUGAAGGUGUUGUUAAGCUGUGUGGGGCUGGGGCUUUGGACAGUUCGGUCUCCAUCUUAGAAGCUGAGGCUAGGGGUCUUCGGGAAGGUGUUAGAGGGGCUAAGUCUCUGGGUAUUGGCAAGUUGAUUAUUGAGGGUGAUAAUUUGGCAGUUAUUAAUGCUGUUAAUCGAAUAUGGAAGAUUCCUUGGAAGAUUCAUUCUUCUAUUUUGGACACGAUCCAAGAGCUGGGUCACUUUGAGGAAGUGCAGAUUUAUCAUGUUUUUAGGGAAGCUAAUGCGGCUGCUGAUUGGAUGGCGCAUAGGGGUCAUUCUUCGCCUACCACCACUUACUGGUUUGAUGUUCCUGUUUUACCCUUUACUGUAAUAAUCCGAAAGGAUGCUUUAGGGUGGCCCAAAUCCUGGGAUCCUCCCUAG